AUGACCAGCUCCUUCCCCGCGGCCUUGUCUGGCCCAACAUCAAAGGAACGGAAAUAUGAUCGUCAACUCCGAUUGUGGGCAGCCACAGGACAGCAAGCCUUGGAAGAUGCGCGAGUUUUGCUGGUUAACUCUGACGGUCCUCUCGGCUCCAGCAGCACCGGUGUUGCGGGCAUUGCAGGUGUGGAGACGCUCAAGAACCUGGUUCUACCAGGCAUCGGUGGAUUUACCAUCGUGGACCAGGCAAUCGUCACUGAGGCGGAUCUGGGAGUGAACUUUUUCCUAGAGGAGGAGUCUCUCGGAAAGUCCCGUGCAGAUGAGACUUGCCGACUGCUACGAGAGUUGAAUCCUGACGUGCAGGGAUAUUCCUACUCCAAGUCAAUUACGGAUCUUCUCACAGAUCUAAAUUUUCUUCCUCGACACAAGUUGGUCAUCAUCUCCGGUCCAACUAAACGCUCCACUCUGGAUCUACUCUGCCAGAAAGCCCAGGAACUAGAGAUCCCUGUACUGUACUUGCACUCAAUUGGUUUCUGUGUGACAUUCUCAUUGCAACUACCUACUGAGUUCCCAAUUGUGGAGACUCAUCCAGACCCAGAGUCAACACAAGAUCUGCGUCUCUUGAACCCAUGGCCCGAACUCACUACCGCUGUGGCUUCCCUGGGAGACCUUGAGAGUAUGGAUGAUCACCAGCAUGGCCACAUUCCCUACAUUCUUCUUCUUCUCCGCUCCCUCGACCAAUGGAAGCAAUCACAUGGAGGAAGUGCACCUGAUAACUACAAAGAGAAGACCGAGUUCCGCGAAUUCGUGCGCUCAAAGACACGCACAAACAACCCCGAAGGAGGAGAAGAGAACUUUGACGAAGCUGUCGCAGCUGUGCUGAAAACCGUAUCUCCAUUUUCCCUGCGCAGCUCGAUCCGCGAGAUCUUCGAGAUGCCACAAUGCCAGCAGUUGAGUGCCGGAUCCGCUGAUUUCUGGGUUAUUGCAUCUGCCAUUCGAACCUUUUACAACGCACAUGGCGUCCUCCCUUUACCAGGUUCAUUACCCGAUAUGAAGGCCCAAUCAGCAGAUUACGUUGCGUUGCAGAAUAUCUACAAGAGCAAAGCGCGGAAGGACGUAGAAGAAGUCACGGCAACGAUCCGUCAGCUGGAGACAACCCUCGGACGUACGACAGCGAUCUUGGAGCGUGAGGUUGAAGUUUUCUGCAAGAAUGCAGCCCAUAUCAAGGUUGUGCGCGGACGGCAAAUCCCGCAAGUACGCAGCGAUAGUGAUGCUACCCUGUUGAAGUCUGUACGGAAUGGUCUUCAAAUGCCAGAGUCUCUGACCUCGGUUUUCAUCGCGUUCCAAAUCUUGGAUGCUGUUGUUGAUGAAAUCCAAAGUACACCUGCUUUGAAUGAGCGUUCCGUUGAUGAUGAUGGGUUGUGGAUCGUGCAUAAAGAUCGGAUCCUGGCCUUGCUGUUACGUGAUGACCCUACCCCCAUCGACGAGGAUACACUGGAGAGUAUCGAUAAUGCGAUUCAGGAGGUGCGUCGUGCUGAAGGUGGCGAGUUACACAACAUUUCGUCCUUGGCUGGUGGGUUGGUUGCGCAGGAAUCACUGAAGGUGUUGACAAGGCAGUAUGUGCCUCUGGAUAAUACUUGUGUGUUCGACGGAGCUAGAAGCCGGAGUGAGAUGUAUCGGUUUUGA